AUGAACUUGCUGUUCUCUCACUCUUUCCACCAUCUAGGUUUAGAUCAAAUGGCAACUAUGACUCUUCUGCGUUUUAAUUCUCCCUCUGGUCACAGCCGUGGACUUUUGUUUCCAUCACCAUCAUCAUCAUAUCCUCUAUUUCAUAACCGUUCUAUAAAUGUUAUGAACCCAACCCAUUUGCCUCACAGAUUGAAAUUUAACUUCACUGGAGGGGUUGGCGGCGGUGGGGUUGGUCGUGGUGGUGGUGAUGGAGAUGGAAGUUGGGGAGGUGAUGAUGGAAAUUCAAAUUCCAAAGAUUCGUCUUUUGGGAUUUUGGGUUUAUUUCUGAAUGGUUGGAGAUCAAGGGUUGCUGCUGAUCCACAAUUUCCUUUCAAGGUUCUGAGUGAAGAGGUGGUUGGUGUCACUUCUGCUGUUUUAGGUGACAUGGCUACAAGGCCUAAUUUUGGGUUGAAUGAACUUGACUUUGUAUUUUCAACCCUUGUCGUCGGGGCUAUUCUCAAUUUUACACUCAUGUAUCUAUUAGCACCGACAUUAGGAUCCGCUUCAGCCAAAGUGCCUGCAAUUUUUGCGUCUUGUCCGAAGAGUCACAUGUUUGAACCUGGUGCCUAUAGUUUGUUGGAUAGGUUUGGAACCUUGGUAUAUAAAGGAGCCAUUUUUGCUGUUGUUGGGCUUGGUGCUGGUCUUGUUGGAACUGCAAUUUCAAAUGGGUUGGUCAGUAUGAGGAAGAAGAUGGAUCCCAGCUUUGAAUCCCCAAAUAAGCCUCCUCCUACAUUGCUGAAUGGUCUCACUUGGGCGGCUCAUAUGGGUUUCAGCAGCAACCUCAGGUGCGUGAACAAUGUUCUCGGGGGAAUGACUUUUGUGAUGUUGGCAAGGUUGACAGGGUCGCAGAGUGCUGCUGAAGAGAAGCCAUCGCAUGUGAAGGCUGGGUUAAGCGGGAAGGAGAAGGUGGAAAGGGAAGAGUUGUUGGAGAAUAACAACCAAAUAACAUCAUCAAAAGGCAAAGGAUUGAUAAAAGAUCCAUACAAGUAUUGUGCAGUUUGCGACAAUUGCAGCAUUUCUUGUGAAGGAUCCCAAAGCUUGGGAGCUCAAUUCCAUUGGUGA